AUGCUGACGCCUUUACCGUUGGCUUUGGCGACAACUUCGGUGAUCCUGGCAACGCAAACCCGGACCGCCCGUCGUUCUCGCAUCGGCGGGGCGGCAACCGCGGCCAAACUGCUGGAACGUCUCAGGCAGACAAUUAUAGAACGGCAUGUCGGGUUACCGGGCGCGUCCCCAGGUUGCGGAUCGGGGAACGUUCCUCGUAGAGAGGGCAACUGCGAUAUAAAUCAGUACGGAACUGGUCGACUAAGCAGUCGUGGACAAUACACAAAUCUGGGCAGGACGGGCUCUUCAGCCUUGGCCGGCAACCGUUCUAGGGGAAGGAAAGCCACGAACAAAACCCCCUGGCAGUAA